AUGGAAGUGGACAAUGAUGUUGAAGUGGACAAGGAUUUUGAAACAAUAAUGGAUUCAUCCGAUUCAUCCGAUGAUAACCAAAUUCUUACAGACGAUAGUGAUGUUCUCAGUGACUGUAGCGAUGACUUUAUGGAAAAGGAGGUUAAAAGUGCGAAGGACAUAGUGCUUGAACAUGUACGAAACGCUAGGGAGAGACACGCAAGUGUGAAAGUGAACACUGCAUUUAACGAAGAAUUUCAGGAACGUGAUAGCGGAUGGGCAUUGUCGCGAAUACUCAACCUAACAAUCAAUGUGAACAAGUACAAUCCGAUGCGUGCGGGAUGCCACAUUGAGUUACCGCGCGAGAUACAGAUCAAGAAAGCGGUAAUCAACGUUAAAUUUAGAGACAAUGCGUGUUUCGCGUGGGCAAUGGUUGCGGCUCUGUAUCCAGCCGAUAGAGACGCAAAUAGUGCAUUCUUGUACCCACACUAUACAACAGUGCUCAAUUUACAGAACAUUGAGUUUCCAUUGUGUGUAAAUCAAAUAACAAACUUCGAACAACAAAACAAUAUAUCCAUCAACGUGUACAGUGCCAAAAAGAAGAAAACAGAAAAAGGAAAAACGACACAUGUGAUCCUUUCGAUACGUCUCACUGACCGCAAGAUGGACAGACAUGUCAACUUGUUGUACUUGCCAGAUCCAGGAAAUGAUAAUGUUGGACACUUUGUAUGGAUAAAAAACUUGUCCCGACUUGUGAGCUCGCAACUAAGCAAACAUGAUCAUAAGAAGUAUAUCUGCAGCCGAUGCUUGCACUAUUUUAGUUCGAGUGAAAGGUUGCAGGUCCAUACUAUAGAUUGUGGAGAAAUGAACGACUGCGCCAUCCUGCUGCCUAGCGAGGACGACAAAUGGCUCAGUUUUUGCAACUACAACAGGAAAGAGCGUCUACCGUUUGUCGUGUACGCCGAUCUGAAGUGCAUCUUACAGAAGACUACGAGCGAGGAGGAGGAGGAUGGAGAGGAUCGCAAAUCUCACGCGUAUCAGCAUUAUAGGCCGUCGCGAUAG